AUGGUUUUCGCAGGAAAGUUCAUCGAGCAGCAAGCUCUCCCCAACCUGCACUUCGGUGGCCGGAAGGGCAGUCGCGCAGUGCCUGUCGCCUUGAUCCAGGCAUUCAAGCGCGUGGGCAGCCUCGAUUCGAUCGCAGAUACCAUCCAGCACAGCGAGCAGGCUUGGACACGCUACGCCCAGAAGCAGUCUCACUCCCAUGAAGCCGCCAAGGAGCAUGAUGACACCGUGCAAUUCAUGCGUUCAAUCAUCGAGAGUCAGCAGACUGAGCUGAUUGCCAUUAAUGAGUCCAAAAAGGAUCUGGAAGGCGAACUCGAAUCCUUCAAGAAGAAGACCGCGUCCCUGAAGGAUGUUGUUGAGGAGUUUUCGAUGGCUCUCGCCGCUAGUCGAGAGGAGGCCAAGGAUCUCAGCCGCCGAUGCCAGACACUCGAGCUGGAGAACCGCAGACUCCAACGCCAGGCCCAGGUCCAGGCCUUCGGCUGUGCUAUCCAGAGUUCGAGCUUCAUGGCUGAGCCUCUGGGUUGCGAAAGAGAAAUGCGCGCCCUUGCCACGCAGCUUGCAACAGCCACUGACGAUGUCACUAAGCGAAUCAUCGAAGUCAAGGACCUGAAUGAGAAUAUCGAAGCACUGUCGUCAGAUGCCCGUGUUAUGGCAAAGCGCAACGAGUUACUGUCUCAGAAGAACGAGGAGCUUCAGAAGCGCCUCGCCGAGCUCACGGCUGAAGACGAUGGCCUCCAGGACGACACUACGGACUCGAGUGAUGAUGAGAGCAUUGAAGAACUCAAGAAGCUCAUCGUGAAGAAGGGAACUGCGAAGCCGGGACUCAUGCAGCUGAAGGCCAGACGCAUUCCCUCCGGCGUCGACCAGGAGUCUACCUACGAGACGAUCUUCUGCUGA